UCACCUGACACGAGCCUAACCUCACCCAGCUUGAUUCGACCUAACCUCGAACACGAAUUGCGCCACUCGAAGUUUCACGCGCUCAUAAAAAUAUCGUUCCCGCUGUCCGAACGUACAAAGUGCCGUACAAUGUGGUACAUCGUGCGAUAAAAACCCGUCAAGAUAAUUUAUGGUGAUUGAGAUCUCGUCGGGGAAGCCAUUUUCGUGCAGCUCGUGCGUACGUGGGUUUGAAUAGCGUUCAGCGUCAAGUUUCUGCGUCAGUUAACGGUGGGCGAUCGUUUACGUAUGGAUUCAACACGUUUCGGCAAGUAAGCGGAGACGGGAACGUCCCUAAGUGGUGGACGCAUUUUCCUCCUGCUACGAUGCUGCGUUCGUCGUAUUGCUGAACGAAUCUUCACCGUACAAUGUUCUGCUGUCUGAGGAACUGUUUCGAUGGCCUCGGCUUCGCCGCCACUCCAGCAUCGAAGCGAGAACGAAAUCCCAUUGCCUUGGACACGACUCACAUGGGAAAUGAGGUAGUGAUAGUGAAAAAUGGUCUAAGAAUAUGCGGAAGCGGCGGUGCCUUAACGAAUGCCCCUCUCGUCCAGAGUAAGAGCUACUUUGAGGUGAAGAUACAGCAAGGCGGCAUAUGGGGCAUCGGAUUAGCCAGGAGGGAAACCGACCUGAACGUUGCCGUAGGCGGGAAAGACGCGGAGAGUUGGGCACUUAAUUCAGACGGUAUCAUAAGGCACAACGAACAAGAGCUCCACAAAAUCCAGAAUCCCGUACAGGAAGGAGACGUCAUUGGAGUAUCUUACGACCAUGUAGAAUUGAAUUUCUAUUUGAACGGAGAAUCCAUGAACGCUCCAGUUAUAGGUAUAAAGGGGAAAGUUUAUCCAGCUUUAUAUGUGGAUGACGGAGCUAUCCUAGACUUAAUUCUGGAAAAUUUCGUUCGUACUCCACCGAUAGGCUUCGAAAGAAUAAUGCUGGAGCAAUCGUUGCUCUAGCAGAGCGAUGCGAAUGACAGGAAAAUGGUCAAUGUAUGGCCAGAAUUGACACUCUUCGUCCAUUUCUCCAUUUCGAUGAAAAAUAUUAAAAUCAUGCUGGGAGUAAUGCAUGAAUCACAAGCAAAGAGGGAUACAACAAUGUCAUGACAUCGUUAAGAAAUAAUGUCACAAAGUAUAAAAAAAGUGUCACAAAAAUGCAUGAUACGCGAUAUUACAUUUAAUCAAGAAGCGUAGAAUAAAUUAUUUGCCUAAUCUACGUGAAUCUAUUUUUUGAUCCACUCUCUACAAAGGAAAGAAUCGUGAUAAGUAGAUUUUUACACAACAGAGAAUUUCCCAAAUUUAUUAAAAUUAAAGGGUUUACAAUAUUAGAGUCGCUCGAGAAUGAGUUAGAAUCAGUUCUAUUUCCAUCCAUUUUUGUUUAUCUUACAAUAAUAGUAUAUAUACAUAUAUAGCUUUGUAUAAUUGUAUAAUAAUAGAUGCAAUGUAAUCAUAAAUAUGUGUGUACAAUUUGUGUAAUGUAUUAUAUAUAUAUAUAUAUGUACCUGUAUGCAUUGUAUUGUA